GCUUCAAAGUUUCCUGCCCUUUAAUUCUUUAACUGGCAGAGAAAACAAACUGGAUCAAACCCCCUGGAGUGUAUGGUGGAGGGGAAAGUUUAUUAUAGGUUUGUAGGAGAGCAUAAGCAGAGGCAGGGACAUUAGGGAGAGUCCAGAGUGGACAUGACUGGACUGAGCUGAGCAGUGUGGGGAGAGGGGGAGGGGAACGGAGAGGGAAGAGAGGAAACCAGGUGCGGCAGGCAGUCAGAAGGCCAAAGGUACAGAAGAGCACAGUACUUGAUCCUAAACAACUGUGCACUCUAUAUCCGUGUGUUCAGUCAAAAAAUAAAAUUCAUAAGGUGAAGAUUUUGAAGAAAGGACAUUGAAUUGAAGAAGCCUUUUUACAUUUGUCACAAAAUGAUCAUGCACUGGGGCAAAGGUUAUAUAUUUUGGCUGGCAGCCAGCUAGCUACACAGCUGGGCUGAUCUCUUAAUGAAAUUCACCGGGCUAUUCUAUUAGGUCCAUAAGUAGAAGCCACAUUUUAUAGGUGCUGUCACUUUCACUCGGGUGGUAUCGGAAUAGUGAUCAACUGUGGAGGCAUCACUGUCUAAUGAAGAUCAUGAUGAGGGAGAAGAUACAGCAAAGCCUUCUGGUUUCACUGCAUCUACAGUAGAUUUUUAAAAAAAAGAACUUUAAAAUUAUUCACUUUUGUUUUAGUGUUCCAAUUUCAAAAUACCUGUUUAUUUAUUUUUGGUGGUAGGGACUGAAUAUGGGACCUUAUGGAUAUUAGAUAAACACUCUGAACAAAAGCUCCACACUCUUUUCUCUAUGUAGACUCAAGAGAGUAGACAGCAAGUGUCAGAGCUAAACUGAAAGAAAAACUAAUAUCCAUCCUGGCAUUUUUCUUAUUUUUGUAUCUGAAAAAGAGUAGCUAUCCAAGAACCAUAGUCAUUCACAAUGAGAUACACCAAAUGCAAUUUUAUGAUGUCAGUUUUUGGCAUUAUAAUCUAUGUAACUGAUUUAGUUGCAGACAUCCUCCUAUCUGUUAGGUAUUUCCAUGAUGGACAAUAUGAUUUUGGCGUUUUAACAUUAAGCUUUGUGCUUUGUGGAACAUUGAUAGUGCAAUGCUUUAGCUAUUCAUGGUUGAAGGCUGACUUAAAGAAAGCAGGACAAGAAAGUGAACAUUUUCUUCUACUUCAUUGCUUGCAAGGAGGAGUUUUUACAAGGUUUUGGUUUGCCUUGAGACAAGGUUACCAUGUGGCUUUCAAACAUAGCCACAGGACAAGCAAUGUCGUGGAGGAACAGACGGAUCCUCACAAAGAAGCUAUCGACACAGCCACUGACUUGAGCAUGCUCAGGCUGUUUGAGACCUACCUGGAAGGGUGCCCACAACUCAUCCUCCAACUCUAUGCCUUCCUGCAGUAUGGCCAGGCAAAUUUAAGUCAGUAUGCAGUCAUCAUGGUUUCCUGCUGUGCUAUUUCUUGGUCAACGGUUGAUUUUCAAAUAGCUCUAAGGAAAUCAUUACCUGAUAAACGACUCCUCAGUGGACUCUGCCCCAAACUCAUGUAUCUCUUUUACAAGUUGUUUACCUUGUUAUCAUGGAUGCUGACUGUAGUACUUCUGCUGUUUUUAGAUGUGAAGGUUGCUUUGGUUCUGUUGUCAUUUCUUUGGAUCAUGGGAUUCGUAUGGGCACUUAUAAACCGAACUCAGUUUUGCAGUUCUGCAGGUAUGGAAUUCUUAUAUAGGGUUGUUGUUGGAUUCAUCCUCGUGUUUACAUUUUUUAAUAUCAAGGGACAGAACACCAGAUGGCCAAUGUCUUGCUAUUACACUGUAAGGGUGUUAGGCACCCUGGGCAUCUUGGCUGUGUUUUGGGUUUACCCUCUCUUUAUUUUUAAUUCAGACUACUUCAUCCCUAUUAGUGCAAUCAUAGUUCUCAGUCUUCUUCUUGGGAUUAUUUUUCUAAUUGUUUAUUAUGGAAUUUUCCAUCCAAACAGAAAUACAGAAACACAACAUGAUGAAGUUGAUGGAAAAGCGCCUCAGACAGAUUGCAGAAUAAGAUAUUUUCUAAUGGACUAAGUUAUGAAUUUAUGAGAGAUGUUUUAUUUUUUGUUUCAUUGCCUAGUAAAGAAAAUGUCUGUCAUAUGCAUGUAUUGUUAUUUAUUUUCUCACCUCUGACUUGAAAUGAGUUAUAGUACAGGGCCAAUAAGGGCAUAUUAUAUUUUAUUCUUUAAAAUGAUUUCUUCUUUGUGUUGCUGAGGAUGAAGGUUGG